AUGCUUGGCACCGGAUGGAAAAACGUCCUCCCGAGACACUCUCGUUUGACGGACGGCAGCGGCGUUUCGCCUCAACCUAUCGACGACUGCACAACCAGCUUCCGGCACAUUUGCGGUCACGCUGCACUUUCUCCUGCGGACUCUUUCGACCUGCCCCGCGCCAUUUGGUUGACCGACGGCACGUCAGGCAACGCAGCCAUGGCUGCUUCGGGCGGCGCUGCGUUCUACCUCCAGCAGUAUCACCACAUCGUUCUGCCUCGCGACGUGCCCGGGAGGGAGGAGCAAAACCUUUCCCGGGUCGAGUCGGGUCUUCUCGACCGUCUUGUUUCUGCCGUCAAAGCUUUCACACAAUUCGUCGCUUCCGAACACCAGGCGGCCGUGGACGCAGUCCGUCUGGCGCUUUCGACAUGCAAAACGCUGAACGUGGAGGGCAAAAUUGACAAAGCGCAGUUGCUGAACGAAUUCCGACAGCUUGGAGACAGCCAUGCUCUCAUCCUCUAUGUGACGGAGCAAAAUGCAGCGCUGCUCGUCUACAAUGAUGCAAGCGACUCUGGGAAGAGACACAUGACUUUUGAGGCGUUCGAGACCUCUGCUUCUUCCGAGAAAGUCCUGGCUUCCAAGGGUGCUCUGCAGUGGGACUUUCCGGGACAGGCCGUGUCCCUUCCUCCCGAAGUCUACACCGACGAAGCGUUUCAAGAGAGUCUUGCGGCCUUUCUCGAUCAAGCCAGCGGCGAAUCAGUCAAGCAGUUCGCUGCGGUCACAUACAAAGCUUGCGCCCCGCUCCCGGAAGUCCGAGAUACCGCGGACCCUACUUUGGUGACUAGUAUACUAAUGGCGAUUCUCGAGGCCAAUGGUGCGAGUUGCUUUCCUUCACUCCUUCGCAAACGUGUCCGCGAUACAGUCUCGUUCGACAAGGCUGAUAAGCCAUGGCGGAGGUCCCCCUUCUACCUUACUCUCCGAGUAGCCCUGCAACGUCAUCUGUACAGGUUACUGGGACCAGACAUCGGCAGGCUGUACUACAAGACCAUCAUAUGCAUCUUCCUGUCGACCUUCUUAGACAACGCAUUUCUGCUUCUGCCGCACGAAGCAACGCAUUCUUUACGGCAAAAGCUUGGUCGUCGUCUCAGCAAGCUAGAACUGGACCGCGUUAGGAGCUCACGAGCGACUAAGGACUUCUAUGCUCUUGUUUUCAAAGCUCUUGGGCCGCUUUUCGAGAAGUCUCUAGCCUCGGCGACCCGCCUCCUUCAGUCGCAAUGGGAUGCAUACAACAGGAGGACAGGGCGCAUCAUCCGCCCCCUACCCCGAUUUGCGAGUCGACCAGAUGUCUACUUGCAGCUCCCGCUCAGUGGAGCGUAUCUCACUCAUGCCUUUUAUUGGAAGGGAUCCGGUAUGGCUGGUCAAGUGCAGUCACCUGCCGAUUUCUUAUACCGCUACGAGGAUUCCGCUCCCGGUCGACCGUUCCAUGCCGUCACCGAUCAUUACCUGCCCCUCUGCAAAUUCCAGGAAGAAGUAAUAGAGCCUCUGCUCACACGCGCUGAUCCUUCCUUAGAGCCCGAGCUCCGAUGCGUACAAUUGUCGUCUCAUAUCGCGUCACAUAUCUCGACAUUCGGGAACGCCUUCCAUGACUACCCUGAACUGUUGAGCAGGCAGCUUCUUUCGUUGAUGGAAUUGUGGGUAGCCAUGGACAAAGCUGCCACAACAUGUUACCGCCAUCUGGCCGACUAUCACCCAGGUUUCGAGCCAAGCAUGCUCGACGCCCUCCAGCUGCCCUCAUUAGAUGAACUAAAACGGCUGCACGAGGUGCAGUCAUACAUAGCGGAACGCCGCCGUGGAUGGAGCGGCACCGGUCCGAAGACGAUCUUUGCAAAGCCUGAGCAGAAGUCCUUCGCCGCUCGAUACUACGACGAAGCAUCGGAAUCUGCACAGCUGAUGGACCUUCGUCGCCGUAUUGAAUGCAAUGCCGAGAUGGCACGUGAGGCCAAAGAAGAGGAAUGGGACACGAAAAGCUGCAUGCACGAAGCGCUUGUAAAGGAAAUGGCUUCUUUAUCGUGCGUCUUCACUACGGAGGUCGAUGACAACGGCUAUCCCAGGCGCGUCCACAAAAAGGGCUGCCGCAGGCAUAGACUCAAAUGGCAAGCCAAACAGAUUGAAAUUGAGAUAUUCGAGUACCCCCUGCCGGAUCCGGAGCCGGAGGUCAAAGCCGCAAUAUUCGAAUUAGCUUGCCCCAAGGCCUUCGCAGCCUACCGAGACGCAUCAUGGUUGAUCCUGUCCACCUUUGCUUAUCCCAACCCAGAGAACCCAAAGAAAGUUUCUCUUCUUCGCGAUUACGGUGGGCUACAGGAAUAUGCCAAUGGACUGGAGCCAGGGGUAACCUUGGCGUCGUCCGUCAAAUCACACCUGGAUUCCCACUACGCCACUUCAAAGUUUCCGGUCAUGUUCCAUCAGGUCUGUAAACCGUUUGCCCUGAAGCUGGAGUACUACGACACCAAUGGCAACGCUUGUGUGGUGAAGGACGUUGAACCCUCCUUUUCACACCUAUUUCCAUUGAAGCUUCCAAGCUCCUCACCUUUUCAGCCAUUCCAGCACUCUGGUGACAUCUGGCCUUCUUCAAAUGUGAUAUUGGCGAGCCAGACUAGGUGUCCGCCUGAUCUGAAUGUCCACGAAUUCACGGCGUGGCAAGGGCUACUGAUGGGAACCUACUGUCGGUGGCCAUCUUUAUUGCGUGAACUGGGUUCGGCGAACAUAAACUUCUCCACUGAUUCAACCUGGGCCGUUGUCUCCAGGCUCAUUCUUCAAGCUGGGCCUUCCUCCUCGGGCGACACUCUUCGAGACACCCAUUCCAUAUUCCGGGACGCCCAAUUCUGCAAGAAGAUCCUUGGCCAAGUUGAGCAGCGUCUUGCCGCGAUUCAGCGAAAUUGGCGAGAGCCCGUGCAGAUGGACAUGCUCAUAUCGAUCGUGUUGAAGGUCCUCUCGCUUACUUGCAACAAGAAGAUCUGCGCAAUAUCAAUAGGUCUACUCGAUAGAGCCCGCGAUAUAACCCGCGGUUGGUCGAUCAGCCUACGAUCGAUGGGCAACGAUCAUGGCCAUGGACCGUCAAUCUUCGCUAUCUGGGCGUCAGUAUUGUCCAAGAGGACUUUCUACGCCCGCAUUGGAAGGCCUGGAAAUACCGUAGACGAUGAGGCAUUGCGAUGCUUCAUCGGCGCUUCCAUUGAUCUCCAGAACAAUUUAGUUGGGCAGUUCGAAACCUUGCCAUACAACGUACGGAACGCAGUUUUGCAAGACUUGAUCUCCGCCUAUCAAUUUCGUCAUCAUGUCCUAGAUGCCGUCGCGGGCAAUCAACAUGCUCUUCUCGCGGCGCUGAACCAUAUUUGGCCCGUUCCGCAAGAUUGUAUGGACCAUCCUAGCGAGGUCCAAGUCACUCCAAACUCGUGGUGGACACAACUCAUCUUAACGUCUGUGAAGCACGGGGUUACUCGCCACGUGCACUACAAUGUGUUAUAUGGAGCUCUCUUGAUCGAUGGGCAGCUGCUUGGAGCGCUCCCCCCGGAGUAUCGCCGAUGGCCCAUCAUAGAUGAGCUUUUUGGCACACAGGGUCUUCAGAUUCUGCCGUCUCCGUUGCCUGGCAUGUCACUUGUUGUGAACCGUCUCAUGCCUUACGGUCAUUGGGUCCAUGUUGGCUUCCGAGGGGAUUCUCUGGUCAUUCGAGCCGUACGUCGAGGGGAGAUACUUGAAUUGAUCAACCGGGAUUUAUUUACGCGAUCACAGCGAUUUGAUCUGCCCGCACCUCUGAUCACGGGCUGCUAUCACUGGUUAAAUCUCAAUACUGGCGUGUUAGAAAUCCGACAAGACGAUCCGUGGAAGUCGAAAAAGAACAACUGGUACCUGAACAUUCAUACUCGGCGCGCUACGAGGAAGAGUGUGCACGUCCUCGUGGACCCAAACAGCGCUGUUGCGUCCCGAGUGUUCCAGAAUUUUCAUAUGUUCGAAUACGCCCGUAACAUUACGGUCUACCAACCACCAAUCGGCAGCAUGAGAGUGGAGCUGAAGCGGCUCGAACUGGAUUUCUUCGUCAAUCGGGCAGGCCUGCUCCAGAGUCCUCAACUUGGCGCUGUCAUCGCGGAGUCCCGCCUACAGGACCCAGGAACCUGGCACGGUUUGAGGAGCAAGAUAGUAGUUCGUUCGGUUAAGAAUCACUCUAAAUUGAGCAUUCUGGUACCUAUCGGCGAAGUUGAAAUUGAGAGGGAUGCACAACACGUCGCAAUUGUCAUCAAAAAUACUGGCAUCUAUCUCAAGUUCACCUUGAAUGAGGUUCUAGGCCGCAUAGAGUGUCCGGCUGAGCCUCGAUUGCUUUAUACAAGGGCGCUUUUGCAUGCUCUUACGUCCCACUUCUUGCCAGAUCGGUUUACCGGACGCACGGGCGUGGAAGAAGCCUUGUACUAUCUUCAGACCGGCUCAUACCUUCCUUGGACGUCUCUCCCUGCGGAGGUUAUGGACAUUCUCAUACACAUGGCGGCACUGACACCGGCUCGAACCUAUUACCCCGCUAACCUCAAAUGCAUGGAAACAGUACACUGGGACCACCGCUUGCCAACUUCGAUCCAGGAUGAUCGAUACCGAGGUCUCAUCGAGAGAAUUUGCCAGAGAAAUACCGACCUUUCUCCUUUCACGGCUGCACCGGAAAAUAACCAGCGUGCAUGUCCCGCUGGCGAUCACCAUUUGGAGUCUCGUGCCCUGUCACGCAUUUAUGCUUAUCGUGCCAAGGAUGACGAGGUCUAUCAGACUCGCGACCGUCGCGCGAUGACCGAUGAACAUCGGCACAUUAAGCUGACGUGCCAAUUGCUCUCGGAGUGGCCUAAAAACAUUCUGAAUACUCCAGUAUUAGGGUCGCUUCUGGAGAAAUUCCCAAUUAUUGGUGGAUAUGGGCGUUUAUUUGACAAAGUUCAGCUUACCGACCUCCUCAACGUUGACUUUGGUAUUGAUUGGGGUGCGCUUUCCCAAACCGCCAUUGACUCGCAUGAGAAGGACAAGUAUCGCCUAAUGUUCAUGUUUUCCCCAAUGGCGUUCUCCUCCGAGACGCCGAUGGAGUUGAUACGGGUUCUGAUUUCUUUUGCUGUCUUUGCAGAGCUGAAAGAGCUCAUUCCGCCAGCAGUCCCCGCGUACAACCGCUUCCAGCUAGGCAGGAUUCCGGAGGCCAAAGAACUUGCUGAACUUCUGAAGGAUGCCAAGGUGCUCUUCGCGUCAGAGGACCAAGCCCAGGAUACACUGCGCGGGCAAUUAGCACUUAGGCGGUUGGAGCACGACAAGGAAGCAACUCGAAGCUGCGAACAAUUCGUGGAAUCUAUACUAGCUCAGUGGCCCAACAAAGAAAUCGAUGCAGACCAUCUGCAUAAGACUAGCGAGAAGGUAUUCGACCGCGAUGAAGCCUUGGCCCUUAUGCUUCCGGAAUGGGGGCGACUUACCGAGAACUUUGAACUUUCCCAGUACCUCGAAAAGGUACAGCUUGUUCUGCUUCGCCACAGCCGCGACGAGCGUGACCAGCCUUUUGACCAUUUCGAGAGCAUGGACAUGGCUCCUCCGCGUCCCCUACUCUACCCUAUUGCAAUAAAGGGUGGAGAGGCUCCCAGCAUACAAGAGUUGCUACAGAAAGGGCUCCCAGGAUACACAAAUCUCAGCGCCGCUACUUCUCCUUCUCAAGGCACUCCUGCCGUCCUUUCUUCGUUGCCGAAUGGGGUACAUCAAAUGCCUCGUCCCUCUAAAGACACUCCCCGGGAGGUCAAGAACACAUUGCCUAUCCCCGAUGCACCUGCACAUAUCCAGGAACUUCGUAGAAUUAUUGCCCCAUACAGGCAUUCUUCAUCCUUGGUGCAGAAGCGAUACGGACUAGAACUCGAGCAGAGCAUCGAUGCGCUAGUCACUCAUAUAGGCGAGCCGAAGGUCGAGCCGCAACCUUUCAACCCCACAGAGUUCUCAAAGGAGAUGUUCCAAGCCAAGGAGCAUAUACGUCACUGCAUGGAACGCAUCCGUGGGGCGCUUCAGAAUGGGGAUAGCUGUGCCAAAUGGCUCCAAUACGCUGGACUAUGGCCAAGGGUGACGCCGAUUACUCUCUUGACUGAACUCCGUUCCACUUCCGGUGUUGCAUUUGGGAACGGUACAAAGCAUGCGCUUGUGGCGCUGGGCUUAGCUAUCACGAGCUACCAGCGACUUUUGAGGAUAGAGGCUGCGAUUCAAAAGGGUGUGGGUCGUCAACAGGGUCGUCAACAGCAAAUUCUUGAUGAGCGCAAUAAUCUGGGCCAUCAGAACUGGUCUCCGCUGGAGUAUGCUGAUUGGCUUCUUCUAGAGAUCGAUAGCGAUGUUAUGCUGCGGCCCGAACAAGUUGAGGUUGCCCAGGCUACAAUAUCACCCAGCUCGGGCGAGAACUCGGUCCUGCAGCUCCUGAUGGGAAAAGGAAAAACAUCAUGCAUCCUCCCUAUGGUCGCGUUAAUCCUCGCCGAUAAACGAAACUUAUUCCGUAUCAUCGUGCCCCGCCCGCUACUCCUACAAUCAGCGCAAGUUUUGCAAUCGAAGAUCGGUGGCCUCCUGAACCGCGAAGUACUACACAUUCCCUUUUCGCGAAAGACCCCGACAGAGCGGGACCUGAUGAAAGCAUACUUUCAACUGCAUAACCACAUUCAAAAGCACAGCGGCACCUUGCUUGCGCUCCCGGAGCACGUCUUAUCCUUCAAGCUAAGCGGAGUGCAACGGCUGUGCGACGGUCGUCAGGAAGAAGCGAACAUGAUGAUCAAGGCCCAAGCAUGGCUUGAUAGACAUGCUAGGGACGUCCUCGACGAGUGCGAUGUCUCACUUGCGAUCAGGACGCAGUUGAUCUACCCAUCCGGCUCGCAGAUGACCGUCGAUGGUCAUCCCCUGCGAUGGCAAACCAUCCAAAUACUGCUGCACCUCAUCCGCUUUAACGUCUCGAACCUUCAACGACGCUUCCCUCAGAGCAUCGAGGUGGUUAGACGUCCCCUCGGCGGCUAUCCCUUGAUCUACUUCUUGCGACGGGACGCCGAGGAGCGCCUGAUCGCCGAGCUGGUCCAAGCCAUUUGUGAGGGACAGACAGCCAUCUUGCCAUGUUCCGAAGUGUCAGUCGCCGACCGAAAGGAUCUUGAGGCCUUCAUAUCAGAGCCUUUGGUGGAUAAAGGAGUGAUAAGCAAGGUUACCGAGAUGUUCAAGGAAAAGGUCCACCUAAUGAACGUUGUCCGCCAUCUUCGAGGCCUUUUCGUUCACCGGAUCUUGUUGUCGACAAUGAAGAAGCGCUGGAACGUCCAGUAUGGACUCCAUCCCACUCGCGAUCCUAUCGCCGUACCCUAUCAGGCUAAAGGCGUGCCCUCUCCAACUGCUGAAUGGGGCCACCCGGAUGUUGCCAUCAUCUUGACCAGCCUUUCCUUUUACUACCAGGGUCUGGACAUUGCCCAAUUCAAGCAGGCUUUCGAGCAGCUUCAAAAGUCCGAUGAACCGAGUAUCGAAUACGACAAAUGGGCAACACGAGAUCUCCCUGAAGGUUUGCGCGACUACAAUUCCAUCAAUCUUGAAGAUCAUUUGCAAUUGCGUGAGCUCCAUCAAUACAUCCGCUUCAAUGUUCACCUACUCGACUAUUACUUGAAUGUGUUCGUCUUCCCCAGGCAUGCCCGGCAGUUCAGCACGAAAUUGCAGGCUUCCGGCUGGGAUCUCGUCCUAUACGACCCCACCCGGGAGGUGAACUCCAAGACCACCGGGUUCUCAGGGACUAAUGACUCUCGACAUCAACUACCAAUGAUGAUCAAGCAAGAGGAUCUACCAAAACUUGCGCAUACCAAUGCAGAGGUGUUGUCCUACCUUUUGGAGCUUCGAAAUCGCAGAUACGUGCGCACGGUCGACAACUUCGGCAAGCGCCUCAGCGAGGAAGGUCUCCUCAAGAAACUAUUGAAUCCUCAUGGCCGCAUGACGGCCCCUAAAACGGAGCGCAUCCGAGUUCUGAUUGAUGCUGGUGCCCAGAUCCUCGAGCACGACAACAAGAGUCUAGUUAAAGCAUGGUUGAAGAUCGAUGAUACAGCCUCAGCGGCUGUCUUCUUCGACGCUCAGCAUCGCGCAAGGGUGAUCUAUGCUAAAGGUGCUGACGUGCCUCUGGUUGCCUCGCCAUUCGCUGAAAACUUAGAAGACUGUCUAGUCUACCUGGACGAAAGCCACUGCCGAGGAACAGACCUAAAGCUUCCAGCAACCGCGAGAGCCGCCCUAACGCUCGGUCCACAUCUGACUAAGGAUGCUCUGGUUCAAGCGGCCAUGCGAAUGCGUCUUCUCGGCCAGACCCAGUCGGUCACCUUCUUCUCGCCUCCAGAGGUACACCAGAGCAUUUUGGAUCUCCGAAAGGCUCCUCGAAGCUACCAGCCUACCUCUUCCGACGUCAUCCGAUGGCUUCUAGAGCAGACCUGUAAUAACAUUGAGCAGUUAGAGCCGCUGUAUUUCAAUCAGGGGACGAACUACUUUCACCGGAUUCAAGCCAAACUUCGCAACCCGGAUUUCCUCGACCUGAAUGAGCACCGUGAUCGAUAUCUAUCUGUGGUGCAGUCAAAGGAGACUCAGUCGCUGAAGCAGCUCUAUGAACCAAGCCACCAGCAGAAGGGCACGGCGAAGGUGUCAUCCUUUGACGUCGCACUCCAAGGACACCUGCGGGCGCUAUAUCAGCGCCGGAAGAACUUCCAAGACCGUGGGCUCGCCGUGCAUUCCUCUGCUCUUGAAGAGGUCGAGCAGGAGCGCGAGGUUGAGUUUGAGGUUGAGAGUAUCCGCGAAGUCCAACCACCCGUUCAUUUCAAGGGUCACAAAGUUUCGAAACUUCAUCAAGACAUCGAAGAAUUCGCUGUCACGGGCCGAUUGCCGGCAGGCAGUGAUGGGUAUGAGCCAAUGUUCUGCGCCCUGCAAAAGACGGCCCUGGGCAUGAAACACGGUGCUAUUAGCGCCGCGAACACGUCCCCCGGCCUCUACGUUUCCACGCAGUUCAGCCGGACUGUUGUUGUCAAGGGAGUAAACGACAACUUCCUCCGCCCUUCGCAAUGGAUUGUAUGGAGUCGCACUGCCCAGCUUGGCCUGCUCGUCAGUCCUGAGGAGGCCAACCUUCUGAUUCCUAUCCUUCGCGAAUACGAGUGGUCAUCAGCCGCUCACUUGAUUGUCUAUGCCGCGCCGGUCACUCGUCGUAUGCUCCACUUCAACAACCUCGACUACUACGCUAUCCCGGCACCUCCGGCAGACUUCAAGGUCCCGGCAUGGUUGAAGGUUGAGUUGGGGCUCUUCUCUGGACGUUUGUACUUCGAUUGGGACGAAUAUCAGACAUUGCUCGGGUACCUUGGGAUCUCCACGAAGGGCAACCCAAGCGAGGAACACGUGGUCACGCGUCGAGAGGCUUUUGCGAAGAAGCCCCUCACAUUUCUGCACGAGUGGCUCGCCGUUCGUCGCAAAGGGCAAGACUUCGAACACACGCCAAUGGGAUUCAUCACGACUGGCAAGCCUCUGUUAUCGGAUCAUCCAUUCUUCCUCACCGGCACCCAGGAGAACGCAGAGCUUGAGUCCGCGAUGAAUGCCGCCGCAAUUGCUGCGCGGCAAGCCGAAGAUGAGGAGUCGGAAGAUGGUGAUGAUGGCAAUGAGAAUGAUCAUCUCUUCCACACCGAGGAUGAUGGGGUUGAUGAGGCUGUCUAUGAGGAGGAUGAUUUCGACGAGGACAAUACGUUCUUCGAUGGCCGCGAAUAUGUCGAGAAAACGGAGGAGCAGACUGAGGAGAAUGAGUAG